AGAUGCGAUGCCCAAGCGGAAAUUAACUUUGGGUGUCUGAUGCGGACUUUUUACAAACACGUCGGAAUGGAGCUGGCUAACGAAACUUGUGGCAACAACAUAGGUUGCUGUGGCAGAUCAGGAGCCACCCGAUCCAAAAAUCCAAUUAAAGAGCUACAAUAAGGCCGAGCUGUUGCUGGUAAACCAGCUUUUUGUUUGGCUUAAUAACUCACCCAGCCGCUGGACGGCAGCACGUGAAUAGGUAUUGCCCCAAAAGGUAUUGCCUGGAAUUUAAUUAAAGCCAGAAAGACCAAAAAUUCAAGAGUUGCCAGGGAAGGGUUAAAGCACAAAAGAGUGCCAGUCCCAGCGGCGGGGGUGGCGGGUGGACCAUAAAUCCACUCCCCCAUGCGGCAGCAGUUGCACGUUGCGCGUUGCCAACGAGCUGGCCCACGUCCACUGGCCAAUUAGUUGCUGCAACAGCCAAGAGCGGCAAUCGUUUGGGCCCCAUUGAACGUACAGCCGCCUCCACACUGAUGACUGCCGCCAAAAGAAGAGCGGGGAGCAGUGGCAGCAGCAGUGGAAGCAGCAGCGGCAGCAACAGUGGAAGCAAUGGCAGCAACGACCAGCAGUCCCAGCAGCAACAUCACCAGCUGCAGCAUCAACACCAGGCCCACCAACACCACCCGGAGUACCAGCAGUUGCUGCAGCAUCCGCACCACCACUACCACCAGCACUACAGCAGCAACGGUCAGCACAACCACUCGGCCAACAGCCACCCACAGCAAUACCACCAGAGACAGCAGCAACAUCAGCAGCAGCACCACCACCACCAGCAGCAUCAGGCGACAUUGCGCGAUUGCUCUGUCAAAUUGCCACUGGAUAUCCUAUGGUUGCCGAAAUCGGCCAUGCGACCGGCUGGACCAGAUACCUCGCCCACCGACUGCAUCCUGGUGGUGGGCGUGUCCCGUCCAAAGCUGGCCGUUGUCUUCCUCACGGUCAUGCUGAUCUCUCUGUUCCUCACCUUCCACGUCCUCUACGACAGUGCCGUGUACAACAUCCAGGCUGCCCAGGCGGUUCACGAACGGCACCGCCUCUCCCUGGCCGCCUCCUCAUCGGCCCUUCCCUCCUCCUCGCAGUCCGCCGGAAUAAUGACCUCCUCCGGCUCAGCUGCCGCAUCCCCCCUGUCAUCCUCUUCCAAUCAUCAGCCCGUUUUCGUAAAGCCAGUCCAGAGUUCGAAUCAGCUCAGCCAUCCCAUGGUCUUUCCCUCGAGUCGAGUGCAUUUCCCGAAAACCAGUCGUCGGCUGCCACAGGCUCUCAUCAUCGGAGUGCGAAAGUGCGGAACCCGCGCCCUCCUGGAGAUGCUCUACCUGCAUCCCAGGAUUCAGAAAGCAGGCGGCGAGGUGCACUUCUUCGAUCGCGACGAGAACUAUCUGAAGGGCCUGGAGUGGUACCGCAAGAAGAUGCCUCACUCCUUCCGCGGCCAAAUCACCAUCGAGAAGAGUCCCAGCUACUUUGUGUCCCCGGAGGUGCCGGAAAGAGUGCGGGCCAUGAACGCGAGCAUCAAACUGCUGCUGAUUGUCCGGGAGCCGGUGACCCGGGCCAUUUCCGACUACACGCAGCUGCGUAGCCAUGCCGCCACCGCCAUCCUGCCCCUGGCCGAGCCCCAGAAUGCGAGUCCCAACCCCAGUCCCAGGGAGAGCUCCGGAGGAGGAGCCACUGGCGCCAGUGGAGCGGCAGCUGCCAAGAUGCCAUCGCCAUUGCAAUCGCAAUCGCUGCUUUAUGGGAAACUGCAGUCGGCCCGUGGGUACGACAAUGCCCUCCUGGGGGGCAGCGGAGCCGGAGCCAAGGAGACAAAAGCCAAGACAGGACCAGUGGCCAGGCGGCCAGCAGGAGGAGCAGGAGGGACAGCUGCCAUGACCACGACGACUCUGUCGCCCUUGGCAAGCGCCGCCCAAAUGGCAGCCAAGUCCUUCGAGGAGCUGGCCAUAUUUCCCAACGGCACUGUUAACGAGGCUUAUCGACCGCUCAGCAUCUCCAUGUACCACGUCCACCUCCAUCGCUGGCUGGAGGUCUUUCCGCGCGAGCAGCUCCUGGUCGUCAACGGGGAUCGCCUGAUCGAAGACCCGGUCUCGCAACUAAAACGCAUCGAGGCUUUUCUGGGUAUCGAACACCGUGUAAAGAGCGAGCACUUUUACUUUAACGAGACGAAGGGGUUCUACUGUCUGCGCUACGACAACGGCGAUCGGUGCCUGAGAGAGACCAAGGGCCGGAAGCACCCGCACGUGGACCCCGUGGUGGUGUCCAGGCUGCGCAAGUUCUUCGCCGAGUACAACCAGCGCUUCUACGAGCUGGUGGGCGAGGAUCUGGGCUGGCCGGAGGAGUAAGAAGCAGGACCUUUACAAGCGGAGGAAGCGGAAAAAUGGAAACGCCUCUGCAGGCGGGCAGCCAAUAAAUCUGAUGGUGGUCAAUCGCUAGCCGAUUUAAUUACAAGGCGAAACCGGGAGAGCAAAAUGGAAAAGUGAGAAAGUUUUUCCUGGGCAGGACCUGGGCAGCCAUUUUGCGUUGCAUACUUUUCAGGGCGGCGCGCAAUAUUUCUGCCUGGCCGGAGUCGAGCAGGUCUGACAGUUCAAUUAUGCGCGCGUAUUGAAAAAUUGCAUUCCUAUUUGCCCGCGCCCCGCCCUGCCGCCCUACCCCCUCCUGGCCACAUGUAAAUUUGCCUUUACACCAGCAGGAGCCGAAGCUGGAAAGCAAGAACAAGGAGCAGGAUACAAAAGCAUAAAAAACAAACAAAUAAAUAGUGAAAUAAACUGCACGCAUUUCGCUGUGCAGCAGGCCAUGAAAGUGUGUGUGUGUGCGACACAAAAAUCGCUUAUAUAUAUAUAUCGUUUGAACAGGACAUAUGUAUAUAGGGCGAAAUGAAAGCAAUAUCUACACGAUGUUCGAAGGUUACACCUUUUCUACAUAUGUUUAUUUCCUCUCUCUCCAUGCGUGGGUGUGUGUGUGUGUGUAUGUGAGUGUUGUUGAACUCGAGUGUCUGUGAGCAUAAAAAUUAAUUAAGCAACUAAAUGUGAUUUUAUAGCAUGUAAGCUUAGGAGAAAUUGAAAAUGAUUGCGAUGCUCAUCGACAGAGAGAGAGAGAGAGAGUCGAGAGGAGAGGGGAAGUAUACUAAACUUGGAGGCAAUUAAAAAUGUAUUUAGACUAACAGUCGGCUGAAUAAAAAGUGUGCAUGGAAACUAAACAUAUCAGAUAAAUAUCUACUCCAGAAUAUACACAAUUAUACAACUCGAAUAUCGAGAAUCGAAUAUUUCAAACUUACGUUACAUAUCCGGUGGCGCUAAACCAACCAACCAACAUGAAAUCGAAACAUAUCAGCUGCAAUGUCGGCAAAAACUCAUAAUUAUACACAAGCAUAUCUAUAUAUUAUAUAUACAAGGACCUAAAACCUAAGCCCCAUUGUUAGAGCCUAAGUCGAGCAUCAAACUUGUUGUAAAUGACUUUGAUUUUGACCUAGUUUGUAGGGCGCGAUGUGUCACUGAAUCGUCAUAGACAAACUUAUAGUUGAAUAUACAUAUAUAGCCAUAUCCUAGGUUAAUCCUGCACUGCCUAAACUAAACUCAAAGAUGAGAUAUCUAUUAGAUAAUUAUACUGCACCCCCUAGAUCAUAAUUUUAUCAGAGAUACUUUUUUAAAGCAUUUUUAAGCGAGAUUGUUUUUUAAGCCCUAAUCAAUUACGGAAACUCUACCUAUAGAUAAAUAUUGAAUAUACACGUAUAUACUUAUCAGCUGUUUGGCUAAAGUUUAAAUAUUUCGUAUGCAUAUCAGACUUAAUCUAGGCUAAUGCUCCCCGAGACGAUCCAUCCAAUUUCGGUUUACCACUCGAUAAAUACAUGACAUAUACCUCCCCCCCUUUGUUAGGGAUCUUCAGCGCAGAAACUAUGAAACAGAAAAUAGACUAUGGAAUGUGUAUAAACCUAAUUUUUACAGUGAAUCUCCUCAUAUACAAGAACACCAAGAUGAUCUCUCAACGACAAUGGAACCAUAUAAGAAUUGAAACUAACCAAGCAAUAUAAAGUCAAAGCAAGACUGAAGGUCCUCCGCAAAUUGUUUUUCCUUAAUUCCAAAAUUUUUUAACAGUGACUCUAAUUUAGAAAACCGAACAGAAACCACAAGAAUAUUGUAGCAGAAGACAACGAACAUUUUUAAUUUGUUUAUAUUUUUAUACAAAAACUAAAUUAAAUAUUAGCCGAUAUCCAGAAUGGAAAAGUAAGAAGAUUACACUAAAGUAACGCGAAAUUAUAUAAUUAUUAUGAAUAUAUAUCCAAAAGAGCAAUUUGUAGUUGCAUUUUGUCCUCAAACUCGAACUCGAAACUCGAACUACGCCAAUUGCAUACAAAAUACAUAUCAAAAGUUUAACUCGACUCUAGAUCCUUCAUUGAUAUUGAGAUAUUGAUAUUAUUGAUGUAUUGUCUACUUAUUAAAUUGAACGUGCAAAACUCAACAACUAUAAUGUACCUUAAAUCAACUCUCUAUUUCUUUAACUCUAACUCUACGGAUAACUCAAAUCUUGCAACUUACUCAAAACUUUCAAUGUACAUAACAAAAGUGUAUUUAAAAACAAUCCCCAAAAAGGACAAGAAAAGCGAAAAAAAAAUUCGAAUAGAAAUUCAACAAAUUGUAAUAAAACCAAAGAAACUAAAUCAACAUUUUAAGCUAUGGAAAUUUUACGCAUGCAAUAAAUAAAUGUAA